AUGAGUAUACUAUUGAAUCCAAAAUCUUUCCUCAAUGGGUUGACUGGCAAACUGGUGAUUGUAAACAUGCAGCUUGCAAACAUAGAAGAAUAUAUUGAUGGUGCAUUAGCCAAUCAUCUUGAAGAAGUCCUAAUCAAGUGUAACAAUGUUCCAUACAUUAAAGGAGUUGAAGAUGAGUAA